AAAUAUAAUUAUUUUAUUAUAUAGAAACAUAACAUUUUAGCAGAGUCUCUCAUGUAGCUUUUAUUGUAUGGUAGAAGAGCAUUAUAUAAUUCGAUAAAUACUUGAAUAAAAUUGACAAACCAAGUAAAUUGUAUAGAUGGUAACUCUUUACUGAAACAUAGUAGCGUGGGGUCCUUGACGGUUUUCGUCAUACUCCGAUCUCUCUAGUACAACCUAUUACUACAUGCGAAUAUUAACCGGUAAAACGAAUCACUCGGUUAAAGACUUUCCUUGUGGUGUUAAGUCAAGUUAAAUGCAUAACUGUUAUUAUAAUUUUCUUCAUAUUUUUAUAAAGAAUAAAAUUAAUAAAUACAUAUUAAGAUUUAAUUAUGAAAAAAACUAAUUAAUCAGUGCUUUAAAUUAAUAACUUGUGAUAAAAAAAAAAAAAAAGAAAUAAUUAUUUAUUUAAAAUAUUCAUUUAUGCGUAUAUCAAGAGCUGACAAGAUGACACAGGAAGUUACUGAGAUAAAUAUCAUUGAAAUGAAGGAAAAAUAUACAGAUCGUACAGAAAUGAGUGACGAGUGAUUCAAAUAAGUUUUAUUAAAUGAUCUAGAGUGAAAAAAAAAUUGUGUAACAAAUAUUAAACAUUUUUUUUUUUCUUUGUAAGAAAAGUAGAUAAAAUAAUAGAGUGUAUUUCAGUUUUUGUGUAUUAUUUUCUUAAUAUUAUUUAGUAAAAUGUCUGUUGGAUAUUCAAGAUUUUCUACGGAUAUUAAUGAACAAGUGUCAAAGACACAAAAGCCAAAGAAAAAUAGUGAUAAUUCAGAAAACAAUGAAGAAUCUACUCAUAUGGUUUUUAAGGAUCAAGCAGUAUUUGGAUAUGGCACUAGUAUCACACCAAAUAAUAAUGAAACAGAAAGUAUUGAUAGUGCUAAUAAAAGAGUAAUAUUUUGUGUACAUGGUAAAUUUUCUGGAUGUUGUACAGUAAUAAAUGGUAAUCUAGACAAAGACAUAUCUCCAGAUGAUUAUGUAAAUCACUCACAGUAGAUAAUUUUAGUUGAAGAUCAUUGUCACAGAGAUAGAGAUGAAGCAGUUGACAAAAAAGCUAGACGAAAGCUUAUUAUUGCCUGUAUAUUAUGUAUCGUUUUUAUGAUAACUGAAAUUGUUGGAGGAAUCUUGUCAAAUAGUUUAGCAAUAGCAACUGAUGCUGCACAUCUACUCACUGAUUUUGCUUCUUUUAUGAUAUCUUUGUUAUCAUUAUGGAUUGCUGGAAGACCAGCGACCAGAAAAAUGCCAUUUGGUUGGUACCGAGCAGAAGUCAUUGGUGCUCUCACAUCUGUUUUGAUGAUAUGGGUAGUAACAGGUAUACUAUUUUACUUGGCAAUAGAAAGAAUUGUUAAUAAAAAUUUCGAGCUGGAUGCUCAGAUGAUGCUUAUCACUUCUGUUAUUGGUGUGGCAGUUAAUCUUGUAAUGGGUUUAACUCUUCAUCAACAUGGACAUAAUCACAGCCAUGGUUCAGGUCAUGAUCAUCAAGAAAAAGAUCCUAACAUUAAUGUUAGAGCUGCAUAUAUCCAUGUAAUUGGUGAUUUUAUUCAGAGUACGGGAGUUUUUGUUGCAGCAUUGAUUAUUUAUUUCAAACCAACAUGGAGUAUCGUAGAUCCUAUUUGUACUUUUCUAUUUUCAAUACUUGUCCUUUUUACAACUAUUGCCAUCAUUAAAGAUGUCAUGAAUGUUUUGAUGGAAGGAAUUCCUAAAGGCUUCGAGUACUCUGAUGUUGAGAACACAUUUAUGCAAAUUGAAGGUGUAGUCAAAGUGCAUAAUCUUCGAAUCUGGGCACUGUCGUUAGAUAAAACUGCUCUGUCAGCUCAUCUAGCAAUCACACCUGGAACUAGUCCUCAACAAAUUCUUCGAACGGCUACAAAAAAUAUUCACGACCGGUAUAAUUUUUUUGAAAUGACUUUACAAAUUGAAGAAUUUAAUGAAAAAAUGGAAAAUUGUAAACAAUGUAAAUCAUUGCCUCGUUGAUCGUCAAUUUAAUCAUUAAUUGUAUUGUGUGUUAUUAUGUGAAUCAUUAAUAAUUUAUAUUGUCAAAAAUAUAAUAAUCUUUUUUCAUACAGUUAUAAGAUAUAUAAAUUUCACAAUAUUACAUUAAAUUGUCUAACACACUGUUGAAUGAAUCUUUAAUUCACA